GAGGUUAUGUUCAGUGGCAUGUUUGUAGUGUUCUGAGUUGUUGACGUUGAGUUGGAUUGACGUCAAGAUUGUCAAUUUUUAGAGUUUAAAGUAUUAUUGAAUGUUUGCAAAUUAAAAUUAAUUUUAAAAAAUGGAUGAUACUAGAAGAUUGAAACUUAGAGAAGAAAUUGGAUUACGUGGAGUUGAUGGAGUUUGGGGGAAAUCGCCAACAAGAAUCGAAGAUUCUGAAGAUGAAGAAGAAGUUUUACACAAGAAAGUAGAUGAAUCAGUGUCUAAUGAUCGAAAGAGAAAGAAAAAAGAGAAAAAGAAGAAAAGUAAGAAGCAUAAGAAAGAGAAGAAAAUGAAGAAGGAGAAGAAGAAUAAAAAGAAAAAGAAGAAAAAAUAUUCCGAUUCAUCAUCAGAGGAAAGUUCAGAUGAAGAAUGGGCUGAAGAAUCAACAUCAACGAAAAAAUCAAAGACUAAAGUUAGAAAUAAUUCAAGUUCCGAUGAGAGUGCCGAGGAAAUUAUUGGUCCAUUACAAAAGCAACAGAUUACAUUAUCAGCUAAAGAAUUUGGUAAAGCACUUUUACCUGGUGAAGGUGCAGCGAUGGCAGCAUAUGUUGCUGAGGGUAAAAGAAUUCCACGAAGAGGAGAAAUUGGUCUUACUUCCGAUGAGAUUGCUUCAUAUGAAUCAGUUGGUUAUGUUAUGAGCGGUAGCAGACAUCGACGAAUGGAGGCUGUGCGUAUAAGAAAGGAGAAUCAAAUUUAUUCAGCCGAUGAAAAGAGAGCUCUUGCUAUGUUUAGUAAAGAGGAAAGACAAAAAAGAGAGAAUUUGAUUCUCGGUCAAUUCCGUGAAAUGGUGAGACAAAAAUUAGCACAAGAUCAGACGAAAAAAUAAGAUUUAGAAAGAGAAAAAAAAAUUGUCUGUAAAUAUCAUUUAAGAUUUUUUUCUUUAGGAUUCCUUUUGUACAUAAUACAAAAAUAAUUUGUCCAUAUUGUGUAUUUAUAACUAAUUGUAAGUUAUGAAUUUUAAUAGAUUUAAUUUAAAAUAAAUUAAGUCCUGUUUCUAA